AUGGCGCGCAGCAAACCCGCCCCCAAUGGCAAGAGCGCCACCCCGGAGCCCAUCAAACAGCUCGUCGACGACUUCGUCAUGACCAUCUCCGACAGCGAGGACGACAUCCCAGACCUCGACGAGGACGACGACGCCAUCACCGCCGAGAAGGCGCUCACCAAAGAGGAGUCGCCGGAGCCCGAGGCCCUGAGCGAGAAGCAGAAGCGCGGUAAGAAGCGCAAGCGGGUGAAGGAGCGCAUUGCGGCCGAGGAGGCGCAGGCGAAUGAUAACGACGGCGGCCUCGACUCGGACUUUGAGUUUAUGGCGGGCGACGGCGGCGCGGACGUGGGUGAGUAUGAAGGGUGGGGGUUUGAGGGUGCGAAGAGCGCCAUGAAGGAUGGGAAGAAGGGGGUUGAUAUUGACGAUAUCAUUCGGCGGAGGAAGGGCGCUGAGGCUGUGAGCAAAGAAGAUGACGAGGAUGCGGACACGGAGGAUGAGGAGGAUGAGGAGGAGGAUGAGGAGGAAGGCGAGGAGGAAGAGGAAGGCAGUGACGAUGAGGCCGCUGUCGAGUUUACCGGCUUCGACGAGAACGACGAGGAUCUUGCGGAGGACGGGUUUGGAGCUGGUGCGGACUCGGAAGCUGAAGAGGAUGAUGAUGAUGAAGAGAAGGCGUCGAAAGCGAAGGACUCAGACGACGAGGAAGCCCCCGCCGGCGAUGAUUCCGACGCCGAGUCUGUUGCCUCUGCCGUUCCCCACCCCGACGAUGAGGAUUCCGACGAUAGUGACGCCGGCGCAGCCAGCGACACCGAGGAGUCGCCCGAGGAGGCCGCCAAAAAGGCUGCCUUCUUCGCGCCCGAGGAAGAGGGCGAGGACAUGAAGCAGCGCACAUCCGCAAACUUCCAGACCAUGAACCUCUCGCGGCCGAUUCUGCGCGGGCUUGCCAAUGUCGGCUUCACCACGCCCACGCUCAUCCAGCAGAAGACCAUUCCCGUGGCGCUCCUCGGGAAAGACGUCGUCGGAGGUGCCGUCACCGGGUCCGGCAAGACGGCGGCCUUCAUCGUCCCGAUCCUCGAGCGCCUGCUCUUCCGCCCCAAGAAGGUGCCCACGUCCCGCGUCGUGAUCCUCUGCCCGACCCGUGAGCUGGCCAUGCAGGCGCACAGUGUCGCGGUCAAGCUCGCGGCAUUCACAGACAUCAAGUUUGCGCUCGCAGUCGGAGGUCUCUCCCUCAAGGUGCAGGAGCAGGAGCUCAAGCAGCGCCCCGACGUGAUCAUUGCCACGCCCGGACGUUUCAUCGACCACAUGCGCAACUCCAGCGGCUUCUCCGUCGAGAGCAUCGAGAUCAUCGUCAUGGACGAGGCCGACCGCAUGCUCGAGGACGGGUUCGCCGACGAGCUCAACGAGAUCAUCAACACCAUCCCCAAGAGCCGGCAGACCAUGCUCUUCUCCGCCACCAUGACCGACUCCGUCGACAAGCUCAUCCGCCUCUCCCUGCAGCGCCCCGUCCGCAUCAUGGUCGACACAAAGCUCAGCACCGUCAAGACGCUCGUGCAAGAGUUCGUGCGCAUCCGGCCGCAGCGCGACCACCUCCGCCUCGCCAUGCUCGUCCUCCUCUGCAAGGACUACUUCCACCAGCGCGUCAUCGUCUUCUUCCGCAGCAAGGUCUUCGCCCACCGCGCCCGCGUCGUGUUUGGUCUCUUCGGCCUCAAGGCCGCCGAGCUCCACGGCUCCCUCUCCCAGGAGCAGCGUGUGAAGGCCGUCGAGGUCUUCCGUGACGGAAAAGCCGACUUCCUUCUUGCGACCGAUCUCGCCUCUCGUGGUCUCGACAUCAAGGGCGUGGACGUCGUCAUCAACUACGAAGCGCCGCAAUCGCACGAGAUCUACCUCCACAGAGUCGGACGUACCGCUCGUGCGGGUCGGCAGGGUCGUGCAAUCACGCUCGCCGCAGAGCCCGACCGCAAGGUCGUCAAAGCGGCCGUCAAGGCCGCGCAGGAUCAGAGCGUCAAGGUGGUAUCCCGCGUUCUCGACCAGACCAAGGUCGACGAACUGGGCAAGAAGAUCGACGAACUGCAGGAGGAGAUCGAGGAGAUCCUGAAGGAGGAGAAGCAGGAGAAGCAGAUGCAGAGCCUGGAGAUGCAGGUGCGCCGUGGUGAGAACCUCAUCAAAUACGAGGACGAGAUCAAGGCGCGGCCGCGCCGGACCUGGUUCGAGACUCAACAGGAGAAGGAUGCGCGCGGGAAGGUGUCUCGAGCGCAGCUGAACGGCGUGGAGCUGCCCGAGAGGAAGGAGAAACUGUCAAAUAAGAAGAGGAAGAGGAUGGAGGGGCGUGAGGAGCAGGAAGAGGCGAGGGCGUAUAAGAAGACGAAGGCCGACCGCGGCAGUAAGCUCAAGGGCAAGGGCAAGGGAAAGACACUCCCUGGCGGCGCCUCAAAGGGCGCGAAGAAGUUUGACAAUAAGAUGUCGAAAUCAAAGCCAAAGAGCAGGGGGAAGCCAAAAGGUAGGAGAUGA